UUCCAUUUCCGGUGUAAACAAACCAGCCAAUAUGGCGGCGCCUAUGAUCGAAAGAAGACAUAAAAAACUUAUGCUAGCGCUAAUGAGACUUUGUCGACGUUAAUCACAUUUUAUAACAUGAUGGCUGAACCGAGAAGUGGGGAUGGAGUAGUUCGUUACUUCUGCACCGCCGGUAACGGGAUGGAGUCGUUUUUAAUGGAGGAGGUGAAGAAGAAGUUAGCAGCUGGAGAUGUGUGUCAGAUGCCAGGUAAAGUGUUGUUCAGCUCCUCUGCUGGGAUCGACAAAAUCAGUGGCCUGAAGGCUGCAGAGAGACUAUUCCUUCUGUUGAAAGAAGACUCACCUUUACGGGUAUCUGCACACACCAGCCCAGCUAAGGCAGCCUCUGUGCUGCAGUCCAGACUGCUGGGAGACAAGAAUCAGUGGACCAGUGCUGUAAUGACAUGGAGCCGCCUGCAGGGGGAGCUGGCAGGCAGCAGAACUACUGUCAGAACACCAAGCUCUGACCUGGGAGUGACGAUGAGGAUAGAGGAGGGGAGAGGGAGUAGGGGGAAGGAAGAAGAAGAGGGUAGCUGCUUUGUAGAGUCUAGAAAAAGUCCAGAAGAGCAGAGGGAGGAGAAGAAUGGGACCAGGAGGCUGAGAAGUGGUGAACAAAAUGGAACACGGACACUGGAGAAGAAGAGAAAAAGGAAUCAUGAGGAAGAAGAAGAGGAGGCGGAGAGGAAGAAUGUAGAGAAAGGGAAGUCAGCUGAGAGAGAGAGGAGGAGAGAAGAAGAAGCAGAAAAAGGGAUGGAUGUGGAGUUGAACAGUUACCAUGGAACAGACGUCAGUAAGGGAACAACAGACCUGGAGAAUAUGGACUGUAGCAGCAGGGCGAUGGAUUUUGCUGCAGAAAGUGUGCAGAAUGUGAAUACCUCUGGAAAAAAAGAUGAGACACCGCUAAAAGUCAGCAGGAGCAAACCAGAGCUGCCUUCUAGCAUUCUGGUUUCUUUCAGGAUAAGCUGCAAAUGUACUGGAUCUCUGUCCCGGUGCUUCAGCGCUCAGGAGGUGAGCUCCGUGAUUGGAGCCGGUCUGAGCAGGCUGCUGAGCUGGAAGGUCGACCUGAGGAAUCCACAGCUGGAGAUAAACGUCUACCUGGGUGACGACCUCUGCCUGCUGGGGAUUCCACUGACCAGGUUACCUCUGGCUAAGAGGAGCUACAUUAAAGCCACAGGACUGAGGUCUACAGUAGCCUGGGCCAUGAGCUCUCUGGCUCCCAUACAGCCAGGCUUCCGUGUGAUCGACCCCAUGUGUGGAGUGGGAACCAUCUUAAUAGAAGCAGCACAAGAACACGAGGCUGCCUGUUUCCUGGGUUUGGACAUCGAUGACGGACAGCUGCAGAAGGCCAAUGAGAACACGGCAUUUGCAGAGCUGGGAAACAGGAUACACCUGCUGAAAGCUUCAUCUCUGGCGCUGCCUCUGACCGACGCCAGUGUAGACGCUGUGAUCUGCGACCUGCCGUUUGGAAGGAAGUUUGGCACCAAAACGAACAUGGCUGCCAACCUGCCACUCAUCCUCGCUGAGAUGGAGAGAGUCCUCUGUAUCGGUGGAUCCCUGGUUCUCCUCCUGAGUCCUCAGUUGUCUUGUCUCCUGAACAAAGUUCUAACCGGACCGAGGUCUCACCAGGAAGCAAAGCCUCCAUCUGGGAGAGAAAACAGCCCGUCUCCUUGUGUUUCUCCUACGAAGCAGCAGGUCAAACCCUCACCUCAACUCAGUCUGCUGCCUCCUUUGUCCUCACUGAGGCACAAAGCAACUUUCAGAGUCAGUUUAGGAGCGAUCGACGGACUCAUCCAUAAAUACGUCAAAACAGACUGUUAAUCAGUGGUACUAGAAGCUACAUGUCAGAGUAAUUUCUGUUACUUAUGAUGGAAAAUGACUGGUUAUGUUGAAAAGCCGCCUUUUUCUAUGACUAAUCUGCAACAUGUUUAGGUUUUCUGACAGUUUUUUUUAUUUGCAGAUUACAUAAAUAAAAGUAUUUUUUAAUUAUC